CAAUCUGAGACAUUUUAUGACUUCUUAGAUUUGAUCAAAUAUAUUUAAUUUCACAAGAAGAUUUUCUCAACAUUCAUUUGAUACGAGUAGUAAGGAGAAAUACAGAUAUUUUACUCGCUGGAUUAUCUUAGCAAGAAAAUGGUAUCCAUGCGUGUUUUUAUUAAGGUAACGCAUCCGAUACGUUUACGUAAUGUUAUCACACUUUCUUUGUUCAUUAGUUUUAUCAUGUUAUGGACUUUUCACUUCCGUGUACAUAAACAGAAAACGUUAUUUAAAAGUCACACAUAUAAAAUAGGAUACGAGGUUCAAAGUAAUUUAGACAGCGGUGAAAUUAAUUCGAAAUUUAUAUUGUAUGAGACUAGAGUAUCAGGCGUUUCAACUAUGCUAUUAUCAGAUAAGAAGUUUCGGAUUUCAUGGGUAAAUAAACCAAGGUGGAUUAAUUUAGAUAAUGUAAAUAACUACCUGGAGAAUAAAUGUCCAUAUCCCAAUUGCAGGAUUACCUUAUCGCGUCAACAUUUGGAGAAAAUGAAUGCUCUAAUAUUUAGCACGGAUGCAAAACUUCAAGAUAACUUAACAUCGAUAGUAAAUAGGCGCAAUUCUAACCAGGUAUGGAUUUUUUUUCGAACAGAAGCGCCGCCUUUUGAAAAAAGGAAAUGGUAUACGGACACAAUUUGGCACAAAACGAUGAAUUGGUCAUGGAGUUACAGAAUUGAUUCUGACAUAUUUUUGCCGUAUGGCAAAUUGGCAAAACUUAAGACUGUACAAAAACGAGACUAUGGCGCUAUUUUCAAAAGAAAGACAAGAAUUGCUGCUUGGGUCGUUAGCCACUGCAAUACGAAAAGUCGGCGGGAAAAGUUUGUUACAAGACUUAUCAGUGCAGGUGUUCCUGUCGAUAUUUAUGGGAAGUGCUCCAAAAGUAAGCAGAGAUAUCAAUCUAGUGAUAUACAAGAGAUAAUAAAUAAGCAUUAUAAAUUUUACUUAUCUUUUGAAAACAGCAUUUGCAAAGAUUAUAUUACAGAAAAGUUUUUUCGAUAUUAUGAAAUGGAUACUGUGCUGAUCGUCAGAGGCGGGCUAAACUAUUCAAGAUUUUUAGACAAAUCAACUUUUAUUGACACGUCAUCAUUUGCAUCAAUUCAACAGUUAGCUGACUUUUUGCUUAAGGUUAAUAACAGUAUUGAGCUUUAUAGCCAAUAUCUAAGAAAUAAAGAUAAGUAUAAAACUGUCCUAAAUAUAGAUCAAUCCCUUUUUCAGUCAAGUUGUGAAUUAUGUGGAAAACUUAGUAAUGUGAAAAAAUUUCAUAACGUGUAUAACAGGCUUGAAGACUUCAUAGAUAAAGGAGCCUGUUUUCAAAUUAUCUAG